ACCCCUCCCCCCCCACACCACCAACGCGUGCUCCCCCUCUCCGGGGCAAGGCCAAGCCCCUGAGGCAUGCGCACCUCAGCAGGCCCAACCCACAGCAAAUAGCGGGAAGCAGAAAAGCAAGAGAGGAGGUCCCUAAGUGGAUACACUGUUGCUGAGUCUAGACACCGGAAGAACCUUCCAGGCGGCGACUCACAGUUCUAGCACUGCCUAGGAGAUCGUGGUGGCCCCAGCUCAGAACCUGCAGAAGUGCACAGCUCCAUCCACACCACUCAGGGUAUGGAGCCUCCGGACCAGUGUAGCCAGUAUAUCACCAGCUUGCUCAGCCCUGGAGUCGACGAGGAGAAAGAACUACAGGAUAUGAAUGCUAUGGUGCUGUCGCUUACUGAAGAGGCCGAAGAGGAGGAAGAGGAUGCACAGCCUGAGCCUGAGCAAGGCACAGCAGCAGGAGAAAAGUUAAAGUCGGCAGGAGCCCAAGGCGGAGAAGAAAAAGAUGGCGGCGGAGAAGAAAAAGAUGGCGGCGGCACAGAAGUUCCUGGCCACCUAUGGGAAGGAAACCUCGAGGGCACCAGCCGCAGCGAUGGCAACGUUGAGGACAGCGACCAGAGCGAGAAGGAACCUGGGCAGCAGGAUUCGCGCCCACAGGGCGCCGUCGGGGGGCUGGAGCCUGGCAACGCCUUCACCCCAUUGCAGCUGCAGGAGCUGGAGCGCAUUUUCCAAUGCGAGCAGUUCCCCAGUGAGUUCCUGCGAGGGUGGCUGGCAAGAAGCAUGAAUGUGACUGAACUCGCAGUGCAGAUUUGGUUUGAGAAUAGAAGAGCCAAAUGGGAGAGACAUCAGAGGGCAUCAAUGGCAAGAAACAUGCUGCCCUUCAUGGCAGUGGGCCAGCCUGUCAUGGUAACCGCAGCUGAGGCCAUAAUGGCACCCUUGUUCAUCAGCGGGAUGAGAGAUGGUUACUUCUGGGGCCACAGCCAUUCCAGCAGCCUGUGUUUCCCCAUGCCACCCUUUCCUCCUCCGUCCUUGCCCCUUCCACCCAUGCUUCUUCCACCUAUGCCACCCGCUGGCCAGGCUGAAUUUGGCCCAUUCCCUUUUGUUAUCGUGCCUUCUUUCACAUUCCCCAAUGUCUAAGGGAUAGCCUCUGUGCCACUUUUUGCCAGAGUGUCUUUGAGCCAGAUUCAUAUUUUGCAUAGCACCCCAUCAAAAGUAGUUCAUCGAAUGUCUAUUACAUGUUUUAAAGAAAAGUACAUCAUUGACCCAUUUUUAGGGCACCUUUAAAAAUGUUUCUAUAAAUAUGUGAAGGGUAUGUACAUUUGUUUUGUGUGUCACAUGGGGUCAGUAAGUUCUCAAUAAAAAUUGUUAAGAAAUGCCGUUCAAACCGAA